CGACAGUCGUCGCAGUAAGUCCAGUUGUAGAGAAAGAAGAAAGUAGAGAGAGAGAGAGAGGGGAGAAGCUUCAAAAACCCUUUGUUUCCUUCUGCUCUCUUCCUUCCGCUCUUCUUUCUCACUCUUCAUUUUUUUCGUUUCUCUAUUCUGGUCUCCUCUUUCUUUCUAUAUUCCUUUCCUAUUUCUUGCUCCAUUACUUUCUCUCUCUAGAUUGGUCUCCCCUUGCAAGCAAUCAAGAUGCAGGCAAGUUUAGAGGGACGGUAUGAGACCAAGCUCAGCAGUUCGACGGCAACAAUCGCCAUGAAAGCAGGGGAGCUGAGGUUCAGGGCCUCAUGCAGGGACAGCACCUUCACCAAUGGCCCCAAGCUCGAGGGGCUCAAUUUUUCAGUAGAGAAGCCUGGCUCCUUCAUCCUUGAUUAUAGCGUGCCUGAUGAGGAUAUGACUUUUCAAUUCAUGAACGCCAUUAAGGUGAACCAAACACCAUUAAAGAUCAACUAUACCCAUAAGGUCAAGAAGAACUCCACCUUAUUCAGUGCUUCUCUCGCUUUUGAUCCCGAUAAUACGCUCUCUGGGAGUUACAAUUUCGGGAACAUGAACACGAAAGUGAGGUACAAGUACAAUCAUGGAGGAGGUGCUCGUGGUUUCGAGUUAGGAUAUGAUUUUGAUGAGGGGUUUGAUUUCGCUUUGUCUCAUAAGGUCUUUAGUACCGAUACUUUGAAAGCUUCAUAUGGGGCCUCAAAACAAAUUUUCCAGUUGGAUUAUGCUCGAGCUGCUAAGGAUACUGGUUCUUUCAAGAUUACUGCGACUGUCGAUUUGAAAGAGGAGAAGAAAGUCCCCAAGUUAACUGCCAUGACUACAUGGAGUUUUGAUCUUUUGUGAUUUACUCGGAUAUGGCGGGGUGAGUACUUAGGAGUAAUCCCUGGUUUUGUCCUUUUCACUUGCUGUAAUCUUGGCAAAGCUCAUUGCUCACCAUGUCUCUGUUCUUCUUCUCAAUAUAUCAAUUUGUAAUCAUUUGUUUGGCCCCGAUCCUUCAACUGAGGUCACAGCUGACUUUGUUGUCUCCAUAAACAUUAUCAUUAUCUUUAUUUUCAAUGAAUAUCUCCUGUUCUUCAUUC